AUGUCUUUAGCUCAACGCAAAUCGCACGCCUUGACUGCACUCUUGAUUGAAGUGAGCAGCCAGCUUGACGAUGAGAGCAAGAAGAGAGUUGAGGAUACCUUGGCAUCUUUCGAAGACGACACGCCGCCGCCUCCACCAACACCUGCUCUCUCUCAUGGCAAGCGCGCAAGAAGAGCUUCGUCGCCUUCCCCCAAUGACGAUGCUUUGAGCGCCACCUCUGUAGAUGGCGGAGAAGCUCACGUCUCAGCUUCAGUCGGCUCCAACGAAGAUCUAGACUUCGUCCAAGAGGACAUUCUCAAUACGGAUGAGGCAGACAACACGGGCUACAUGGGUCACAAUUCGCACGUUCAGUGGCUCAGAGCCCUGGAAACCAAGAUCGAACAGCCCGAGGGCGAACCUGCCAACAUGCCUUACGGGCCACCGGGCGUCGACGGCGACGCCUUUAACCAGCGUGCUGAAGCGCUUCACGGGCGUCAGCAACAGAGCCAUACUCGCCCUUCUCCGCACCAUGACAAGUUUUCUGGCUACUACUUUUACCUUGACAAGUCCAACAUCGACGUCGAUGUUGGUGAUCCACACGUCAUACCCUCUGCUGAGUCGGCCGAGAGGCUGUUCGACUACUACAAAGCAUUCGUUCACAGCCCAUUUCCUAUUCUAGGUGACAUGUUCGAAGCUCAGCUGAAAUCCUACUUUGCCAAGGAUCAGGGCAGUCCUACGCUGGUCGUCUGUCCAAAGUGGAAAGCUGUCAUGAACCUCGUAUUCGCUAUUGGCGCACGCUAUUCUCAUCUCACCGGCGCUGAAUGGCGAGCCGACGACCGUGAUCACCUAGUGUACAUGUGGAGAGCAGUCCAUCUUUUGCAGCUUCAAAGCAUUGAUACUCUAGUUGCGCAGCCAGACCAAGCGCUAAUUCAGGUCAUGUCAGCAGGCGCGAAGGGUACGGAACUGGAUUCGUCGUCUCGUGAAACCACCACAUCAGCUGUAACGAGACAGGCAUCUGAGUCUUCUGCCGGCGAGUCUAUGAUCAAAACCAGCGUAGAUCCGUUUGACGUAGCCUACGUUAGGAUCGAUAUCCUCAUGGACAAGAUCCUAUCUGGCUUGUAUUCCGCACAAAAGUCUGCCAAGUCCUGGAAGGCUGCCCAAAAAGAGAUUGCUUCCUUGUCUGACGAAUUAGAAGCCUGGGCCUUGCACUCCUUGGUUCGGGUCAUGCAAGCCCUUACAGUCUUGCUUCUUGAGUUGUCAUUGGACGGCAUACACUUGACGGUCGAAAAGUCGCACGUUAAAACCUGCGUUGAUAAGCUCAUACGAUGGUUGAAUUCGAUGAAACCCGUCGACGCAGUUAGCGAGAACGCAUACAAUGUUGUCGCCAGAGUCAUGAAUAAGCAGACCAAAGAAGAAGCGGCCCGUCGGCAACUACCUCAGCUACAAGCGACGGAUCAGCACCAAAAGCAACAGGAUGUAGAAAAUAUGGCCUUUGACUCACAGCAGCCAUAUCAGCCGUACAGUCAACCUCUCACGUUGCAACAGUCAGAUGUUGCAUGGCCAAGUGCUAACCCAUCCAAUAGCAACAUCUAUUCGCAGUCCAAUACAGGCAACUUCUAUCUCUACGACGCUUCCGGGGGUGAUUAUCUGAACGAUCCCACUGCAGGGCUGACGGACUUUGGUCAGCCACUGAGUCUGUUCUAUGGGAACCCCUACGAGUCGACUUUCGAUCAGUGGGAAUGGGACCCGGCGGCUUUUCUGGAUCCAGAUCAACCGCCAGGUCAGGGUCAGGAUCAAAGCGGGUACCCAGGGGGUCAAGGUUAUCAAGGCUACGAAGGGUAUGAUCCUGGUGGUGGCUAG